UGUCAUUUGUGUUUACUGGGUGUUGGAAGUUGGGAGUUGCGUGUAGACUUUAGAAUUUAUUAUAGUCUGUGAAGUGUAAACUGUAAUUAGACGUCUAUUUAAAUUUUGAAAUUUUAUUAUAAAUAGUAGUCAAUUUUACAUUUUACGCAUAUUUAGUAGGUUUAAUUCCUUAAUCCUUGACCUAUCAAAACCAUCGUUAUUUCAAUAUGAUCGGUCGUAUUUUAUCUCGCCGCACAUUGGCGACAUCUUAUCAAGUUUUGAAAAUAUUAUCAAAUCAAAGUUUUAUUUCAUCAACCAGAAAUGGUUCAUUACAGUCGUUUAACUAUCCAACUUUAAAAAAUUCACUAGUUCGCACAUAUGCAGAACAAGUUAAAGUUGAAGAUGUUACAGUUGACUUUGAGUAUGUUAAUAAAGCAAUAAAUAAUCGCAAUAUCCUAAUUAUUGAUGUCCGGGAACCUGAUGAAAUUAAGGAACAUGGAAAAAUUCCGAAUAGUAUUAACAUACCAUUGGGCAAUGUAACACCCGUACUUAGUACUAUGCCAGAAAAUGAAUUUGCUAAACAAUAUAAUAAAGAGAAACCUUCAGAUGACAGUGAAAUAAUUUUUUAUUGUAUGAUUGGCAAAAGAUCGGGUAUGGCUCAGCAGAAUGCUAUCAACCUUGGUUAUAAAAAUGCUAAGAAUUAUGUUGGAAGUUAUACAGAUUGGGCAAGUAAAACACAGUGAAAUUUGACAAUAAAUGUUAUAUAGUUUGGAACUUGGUAACAAAAUUGGUAAUAUUGACUUUGGUUAUUGAAUAUAAUUAGAAAAUUCUGUUAGACCUGCUUGUAAAGUACAUACUUGAACUGUAUCUAUCGUAAAUAAUGUUGUAAAUGAAUUAUACUAUAUUUAAUUUACCAUAUAAUAUUAAAUCAAAUUAAAUGCAUAAAUAUAUUUUUUGUAAAUAAAUUAAAUCUUAACGCCAUAACUGCUAAAUCCUAUAAUGUAUAUAUUUGUAUUAAUUAAUGGGUUGACCAGUCAUCAUAGCUCCCAAUGUACACUUUAGACCUGAAAUAAAGUUUAUAUCAAGAAACAAAGAA